CCCUUGGCAGGCCCCCACGUGCCCCGCAGCACAGGAACGAGACCCCGGGACGAUGACGUGGAUUUGUCUGUCCUGCAUGCUCUGGCCAGAAGACCUGGAGGCCCCCAAGACUCACCACUUCAAGGUGAAGGCCUUCAAGAAGGUGAAGCCCUGUGGUAUCUGCCGGCAGGCCAUCACUCGGGAAGGCUGUAUCUGCAAAGUCUGCAGCUUCUCCUGUCAUCGGAAAUGCCAGGCCAAGGUGGCUGCCCCUUGCGUUCCUCCAUCCAGCCAUGAACUGGUGCCCAUCACCGCGGAGAGCGUACCCAAGAAUGUAGUAGAUGUGGGGGAAGGAGACUGCAGGGGUGGAAGUGCUCCGAAAAACCUGGAGGACAGCAGCUCCAUGAGAGUUUCCCCAAGCAUACAGCCGCAGCCGCAGCCACAGCCGCAGCCACAGCCGCAGCCACAGCCACAGCCGCAGCCACAGCCACAGCCUAUCAGUCUCUCUAGAAACAUGAGUGUGAGCCCAGGCAUGGAAGACAGCUGUGAGCUGGACCUGGUGUACGUCACCGAGCGCAUCAUCGCCGUGUCCUUCCCUAGCACAGCUAAUGAGGAGAACUUCCGCAGCAACCUCCGUGAAGUGGCUCAGAUGCUGAAAUCCAAGCAUGGAGGCAACUACCUGCUAUUCAACCUCUCUGAGCAGAGACCUGACAUCACAAAGCUCCACGCUAAGGUCCUGGAAUUUGGCUGGCCUGACCUGCACACACCAGCCCUGGAGAAGAUAUGCAGUGUCUGUAAGGCCAUGGACACCUGGCUCAAUGCAGACCCCCACAACGUCGUUGUUCUCCACAACAAGGGAAACCGAGGCAGGAUUGGGGUUGUCAUUGCAGCGUAUCUGCACUACAGCAACAUUUCGGCAAGUGCUGACCAGGCUCUGGACCGGUUUGCAAUGAAGAGAUUCUAUGAGGACAAGAUCUUGCCCAUUGGCCAGCCAUCCCAGAGGAGAUACGUGCACUACUUCAGCGGCCUGCUCUCUGGCUCCAUCAAAAUGAACAACAAGCCUUUGUUUCUGCAUCACGUGAUCAUGCACGGCAUCCCCAACUUUGAGUCUAAAGGAGGGUGCCGACCGUUUCUCCGCAUCUACCAAGCCAUGCAACCUGUGUACACGUCUGGCAUUUACAACAUCCCUGGGGACAGCCAGGCUAGCAUCUGUAUCACCAUUGAACCAGGGCUGCUCUUGAAGGGAGACAUCUUGCUGAAGUGUUAUCACAAGAAGUUCCGGAGCCCGGCUCGAGACGUCAUCUUCCGAGUGCAGUUCCACACCUGUGCUAUCCAUGACUUGGGGGUUGUUUUUGGGAAGGAAGAUCUGGAUGAGGCCUUCAAAGAUGAUCGAUUUCCUGACUAUGGCAAAGUGGAGUUUGUCUUUUCCUAUGGACCAGAGAAAAUUCAAGGCAUGGAACACCUGGAGAAUGGGCCCAGUGUGUCUGUCGACUAUAACACUUCUGACCCCCUCAUCCGCUGGGAUUCCUAUGACAACUUCAAUGGGCAUCGUGAGGAUGGCAUGGAAGAAGUGGUGGGGCACACCCAAGGGCCGCUGGACGGGAGCCUGUAUGCCAAAGUGAAGAAGAAGGAUUCCCUGAAUGGCAGUUCGGGGCCUGUCACUACUGCAAGGCCUGCCCUGUCAGCCACUCCCAACCACGUGGAGCACACCCUGUCUGUGAGCAGUGACUCCGGCAACUCCACAGCCUCCACAAAGACAGACAAGACUGAUGAGCCAGUCUCUGGGGCAACCACUGCCCCUGCUGCCCUGAGUCCUCAGGAGAAGAAAGAGCUGGAUCGCCUACUAAGUGGCUUUGGUGUCGAUAGAGAGAAGCAAGGCGCCAUGUACAGGGCUCAGCAACUCAGAGCCCACCCCGGCGGGGGCCCGACUGUGUCCUCCCCUGGCCGCCACAUUGUCCCAGCCCAGGUUCAUGUCAAUGGCGGGGCUCUGGCAUCUGAGCGGGAGACAGACAUUCUGGAUGAUGAGCUGCCCAUCCAGGAUGGGCAGAGUGGGGGCAGCAUGGGAACACUGUCCUCCCUGGAUGGGGUCACCAAUACCAGCGAAGGUGGCUAUCCAGAGACCCUGUCCCCACUGACCAAUGGUCUGGACAAACCCUAUUCCACAGAACCUAUGCUCAAUGGUGGAGGCUACCCCUAUGAGGCUGCCAACCGGUUGGUACCUGUCCACAGCAGCCACUCAGUCCCCAUCCGACCCUCGUACUCUGCUCAGGAGGGUUUAGCUGGCUACCAGCGUGAGGGACCCCACCCAGCCUGGUCACAACAAGUGACCAGCACCCACUGUGGCUGUGACCCCAGUGGUCUAUUCCGAUCCCAGUCCUUUCCAGAUGUGGAGCCCCAGCUGCCCCAAGCUCCGGCCCGUGGGGGCAGCAGUCGAGAGGCCGUGCAGAGGGGUCUGAAUUCGUGGCAGCAGCAGCAGCCCCACCCACCUCCCCGCCAGCAGGAGAGAUCCCCACUGCAGAGUCUUGCCCGCAGCAAGCCUAGUCCCCAGCUGCCAGCAGAGAGCCCCAUACCUGCUCUCCCAGAGUUCCCAAGGGCAGCCUCCCAGCAGGAGAUCGAGCAGUCCAUCGAAGCCCUCAAUAUGUUGAUGCUGGACCUGGAACCAGCCUCUGCGGCUGCCCCUCUUCAUAAGUCCCAGAGUGUCCCCGGGGCCUGGCCAGGGGCUUCCCCACUCUCUUCACAGCCCCUCUUGGGGUCUUCUCGCCAGUCCCACCCACUGACCCAGUCCCGAUCUGGCUAUAUCCCCAGCGGGCCGUCCCCGGGAGCCCCGGAGCUGGUCUCUUCUGGCAGGUCUUAUUCGCCUUACGAUUAUCAGCUGCAUCCAGCCGGAUCCAACCAGAGUUUCCGUCCACAAAGUCCAGCCUCUUCCACCUUCCUUCCAAGCCCUCAUAGCUCUGCGGGGCCUCAGGAACCCCCGGCCUCUCUCCCUGGCCUCAUUGCUCAGCCUCAGCUCCCACCAAAGGAAACUACUUCCGAUCCCUCCCGAACUCCAGAGGAAGAGCCGCUGAACCUGGAAGGGCUGGUGGCCCAUCGGGUAGCAGGGGUUCAGGCUCGGGAGAGGCAGCCUGCAGAGCCCCCAGCCCCACUCCGGAGGCGGGCAGCCAGUGAUGGACAGUAUGAGAACCACUCUCCGGAGGCCACAUCCCCCCGUAGUCCUGGGGUCCGCUCCCCUGUCCAGUGCGUCUCCCCAGAGCUGGCUCUUACCAUUGCCCUCAAUCCUGGAGGGCGUCCCAAAGAGCCCCAUUUGCAUAGCUACAAGGAGGCCUUUGAGGAGAUGGAGGGGACCUCCCCAAGCAGCCCGCCACCCAGUGUGGCGCGCUCUCCUCCAGGUCUGGCCAAGACACCCCUGUCUGCUCUUGGUCUGAAACCCCACAACCCAGCGGACAUCUUGCUGCACCCCACAGGUGUUGCCAGAAGACUGAUCCAGCCAGAGCCCCGGAGCUAUGUGGAGUCCGUGGCGAGGACAGCAGUGUCAGGGCCUCGAGCUCAGGAGGUUGAGCCUAAGAGCUUCAGUGCACCAGCCGCCCGUGUCUAUGGACACGAGACACCCCUGAGGAACGGGACCCCGGCGGGCUCCUUCGUCUCCCCCAGCCCCCUCUCCACAAGCAGCCCCAUCCUCAGUGCUGACAGCACUUCCGUGGGCAGUUUCCCAUCAGCGGGGAGCAGUGACCAGGGUCCCCGGACUCCCAUCCAGCCCAUGCUGGACUCCAGCAUCCGUUCAGGCAGCUUGGGGCAGCCGAGCCCUGCAGCACUGAGUUAUCAGAGCUCCUCACCCAUCCCUGUUGGUGGCAGCAGCUACAGCAGCCCUGACUACUCCCUCCAGCCAUUCAGCUCUUCCCCAGAAAGCCAAGGGCAGCCGCAGUUCAGCGCCGCUGGCGUCCACAUGGUGCCUGGGAGCCCUCAGGCGCGACACAGGACAGUGGGUACCAACACUCCACCUAGUCCCGGUUUUGGCCGGAGGGCCAUCAACCCCACCAUGGCUGCCCCCGGUAGUCCCAGUUUGAGCCACCGGCAGGUAAUGGGUCCAUCUGGUCCAGGUUUCCAUGGUAAUGUGGUUUCUGGCCACCCAGCCAGUGCAGCGACCACUCCUGGAAGUCCCAGCUUGGGCCGGCACCCAGUGGGAAGCCAUCAGGUUCCUGGCCUCCACAGCAGUGUGGUCACCACUCCAGGAAGCCCAAGCCUGGGUCGACACCCUGGGGCCCACCAAGGGAACCUGGCCUCCAGUCUCCACGGCAAUGCAGUCAUUAGCCCUGGGAGUCCCAGCUUGGGCCGGCACCUGGGUGGGUCUGGAUCUGUGGUUCCUGGGAGCCCCACCUUGGACCGGCAUGCAGCUUACGGAGGCUACUCUACCCCGGAGGACCGAAGACCAACACUGUCCCGGCAAAGCAGUGCCUCUGGCUACCAGGCGCCUUCCACACCGUCAUUCCCGGUUUCUCCUGCCUACUACCCUGGCCUGAGCAGCCCUGCCACCUCACCCUCGCCAGACUCAGCAGCCUUCCGGCAGGGGAGCCCCACACCAGCCUUACCAGAGAAGAGGAGAAUGUCAGUGGGAGACCGGGCAGGCAGCCUCCCCAACUAUGCCACCAUCAAUGGGAAAGUGUCCUCCUCAUCUAUCGCCAAUGGCAUGGCCAGUCCCAGUGGGAGCAGCACCGUCUCCUUCUCCCACACGCUUCCGGACUUUUCCAAGUACUCGAUGCCAGACAAUAGUCCGGAGAUACGGGCUAAAGUGAAGUUUGUCCAGGACACCUCCAAGUAUUGGUACAAGCCUGAGAUCUCCAGAGAGCAGGCCAUCGCCCUCCUGAAGGAUCAGGAGCCAGGGGCCUUCAUCAUCAGGGACAGCCACUCCUUCCGAGGGGCUUAUGGACUGGCCAUGAAGGUGUCCUCACCCCCUCCAACCAUCGCUCAGCAGGGCAAGAAAGGAGACAUGACCCAUGAGCUGGUGAGGCACUUUCUGAUCGAGACAGGCCCUAGAGGAGUCAAGCUCAAGGGCUGUCCCAACGAGCCAAACUUCGGUUCCCUUUCUGCCCUGGUCUAUCAGCACUCUGUCAUCCCACUGGCCCUGCCCUGUAAACUGGUCAUUCCAAGCCGAGACCCCACAGAUGAGUCCAAAGAUAGCUCAGGCCCUGCCAACUCAACCACUGACCUGUUGAAGCAAGGAGCAGCUUGCAAUGUGCUCUUCGUCAAUUCUGUGGAUAUGGAGUCACUCACAGGGCCGCAGGCCAUUUCCAAAGCCACAUCUGAGACGUUGGCGGCUGACCCUGCGCCAGCUGCCACCAUCGUUCACUUCAAGGUCUCUGCCCAAGGAAUCACACUGACUGACAAUCAAAGAAAGCUCUUCUUUAGACGACACUACCCCCUCAACACUGUCACCUUCUGUGACCUGGAUCCACAAGAAAGAAAGUGGAUGAAGACAGAGGGAGGCGCCCCUGCUAAGCUCUUUGGCUUUGUGGCCCGGAAGCAGGGCAGCACCACGGACAACGCAUGCCACCUCUUCGCAGAGCUCGACCCCAACCAGCCGGCAUCUGCCAUUGUCAACUUUGUCUCCAAGGUCAUGCUGAGUGCUGGCCAGAAGAGAUGAAGAGUCCUGGAGCCCUCUCCCAAGGCUAGGGCACUGGGGAUGGGGUGCGUGGGGAGGGGAUCUGUGCGUCCUGACCACCUUGAAUCCAGAACGAGGACUUUGGGUCUGCGGUGGAGGAGAGAAGAAAGUGAGAUGCUGGGAGAAGGAAGUGAAUGGUGGAGGGGGAGGGGAGCCGGAGGAAGAGGAAGGAAGGACGGGAGGAAGAGAGGCACUCAGAAUCCCCUGUCUAGAUGGAAGCCAUGCCUCCCAAAGCCUCUCCAGCUAGCUGGGGCCCCUCCCCCUCUGAGAGAAUUUAGCUCCCACAGGGAAUAACCAGGCCUCCUUGGGGGACCAUACGUCAGGGAGCAAUGGUAAGGCUCGGUCUCCCUAACCUCCUGCUCUGAGAGAAGAAAUGAACUGAGGCCUCUUCUCUGGAGGUAAGGUUGCCGGAGGCCAGAGUAGGACAUCAAGCAGUGACACUUUUUCACAUUUUGCUCACCUGAGGCACCCGUGGCCUGUGCCUGCUCUGACUCCCUGUUGCAGGGUAUAAAUGUGCCCCCACGCGCUGAUCGACACCCGCCUGUGUCCACUCAACUCAGAUUACAAACAGCUCUGCUUGUCUGUGUCCCUUGAUACACAUACACACUGUCCAAAGAAGGCUAGGGAUGUAGGGUGACAGGGUCCCAGGUCGGGUGACAGGCUGCUCCUGCAGGAGUGUAGCCUAUGGGUACAGAGUUCUCUCUGCACCUGCCCUCUAGUGAUCGUGGGGUCCUCCGGCCUGUCCACCAUAGAGACUCUGGUACAGAGGGCAUGGCCACCUGCCACACUAUAGCUGUUCUGUCUCCUGGAGACUGGAGCUGGCUCUCAGAGGAAGAGGUGAUGCCCAUAGUCUUGGGGAAAAUACUCGUUAGGAAGGAUGGUAUGUUUUCUGUGCUGUGGGGCUCAUAGUGAGUUGGACAUGCGCGUUGUGCUGUGGGGCUCACGAUGAGUUGGGCAUGCGCACUGACAAUGCCCAGGACUGCCUUACUCCCUUCCCUCAGCCCAGUUCCUGGGCCAGCACUGGCCUUGCACUUGCUUAUCUGCUUGAAGCCUACUGGGGAUGGGGGCUGUGCCUUUCUGACCUGUCCUGCUCUAUAUGGUCCUCAUGUUGGCAUAUCCCAGAAACCUACUUCCAGGUGCCUAGGGCACCUGGGGGAGCCGCCCCCCCUUUCCCUUUCUGUAAGUGUUUUGGAGUCUGACUGUUGCAGACACCCUCCGGCUGGGCUGCUCAGGGUGACAUUAGAGCACCCCUGGGGAUGCUGCUGGAGAACCACAUGGUCCUCCCACAAUACCAAAGCUUCCCUGUGUCCCCUUCUGCCUCAGUUUCCCCAGAAGAACCACACUGCCUGUGGGACAGAGGACAGAAGGUAUGAAUUUAGGCCAAAGGUCCUAUGGUCCAUUUGUGGGGUUGGGAAGGCCCCUGCCACCACUUAGGCCACCAUUUAAGCCCACGGGGACCCCUGUACUGAUAUAUAAAUAUAAAUAUAUAUAUAUAUAAUAUAUACACGAGAUAUAACUGAUAGAAUCUGUAAGCUAAUAAAAAUAUAAGAAAAAGGUUAAAAAAAAGAAUAGGUAAAUUGACAAGAAAUAUUUAUUGUUUUUCCCUAUUGCUUUAUUGUCCCUGGCCACAAACGGUUCCCAUCUUCUCUAAUGUCUGCAGAGCCUGAACUGCAGGGGGUCUUUAUAUUCCAAACAAGCCAGGGCUAGCCUUGGCCUUGACCCUGGCCUUGGGCUCCCUAGGCUACCUCUGGGACUUGGGGGAUGAUGUGCUCCAACUCUAUCUCCUUCUUCUCUGGCAAACUGUGGCUGGGCUGCCCACACCCUGUGAGCGUGGACAGCUGCCACAGGCCUAAGCCAGCGUAGAUCUGGGGAUCUGGGCGUGUGUGGCCAUGACACGGCAGCUCUUGGAUUUAUUCUUUUCUCCUCCAGUGAGCUUUGACUGUGUGGACAUUGACUGAGGAGCUAGAAAGAAGGUUGGGUGAGGAUCAUGGGCCCCCUACUUUCCAAAGGAAAAAAUGGGCUUAGUAAUCAAGGUCCUUCAAAGUGUCCUUCCCUCUGAGCUAUUCAAGGCAAAUGUCUGGAUGUACCAUUUCCUUAUCCCCCCUAAUGAAUCCCACUUCUCUCCAAGAAAGAAGGAGACAUUUCUCAUCCUGUUCUUUGUAAAUGCCCUCACCCUACCUACCAUGCCAGUCUUCUCCUGGCUCGGUGUUGUUCACCAUGUGAGCCAUUGGGGAGCUCAG